AAGAAGAAGAAGAAGAAGAAGAUUUACCUAUCGAGUGUUUCAGAUUUACCAAGGGGGUUUUCAAGAAUGGCGUCAAGACAAGUGAUUCAACAGCAGAACAGAGGAGUGGAGGAAGGUGUUCCCGGCGCUAACAAACAGAAAAACAUGGCAGCGGAGAGGAAGAAUCGCCGCGCACUCGGUGAUAUAGGAAAUAUGGUAACUAUUUGUGACGUCAACGGCAAGCCGCUUCCUCAGGUUUCUCGACCUGUUACAAGGAGUUUCUGUGCUCAGUUGCUGGCUAAUGCACAGGCUGCAGCUGCUGCUGAGAAUAACAAGUGCUUGGCAGUGAACCCCAGUGUGGUGGAUGGAGCUCAGGCUCAGGCUCAGCCUCAACCAGCCAAGAAACCUCAAAAGAGAGCUGCAGCAAAGCCAAAGCCAAGGCCAAAGCCAGAGGAGAUUAUAGUGAUUAGCCCUGACUCCAAAGAAGAUCAGCCUAAGUCUAAGGCUAAGGCUGGAGAAAUGUCAUUGAAAAAGAGGUCUCUGACCCUUACAUCAACACUCUCUGCUAGGAGCAAGGCUGCUUGUGGGCCAAAAGUGGACAUUGAUGCUGCAGAUGCCAAUAACCAUCUAGCAGUUGUUGAAUACAUAGAUGAAAUUUACCAAUUCUACAAAUCAGCUGAGCACGAGGGCAUGGCGGGGGACUAUAUGGAUUCGCAGCCUGAGAUCAAUGCAAAGAUGAGAGCAAUCUUGGUUGAUUGGUUGGUGCAGGUCCACAACAAAUUUGAUCUCUCUCCAGAGACCCUCUACCUCACCAUCAACCUCGUGGACCGAUAUCUUGCAUCGAAGAAGACUCAGAGAAAGGAAUUGCAGUUAGUGGGGUUAGGGGCAAUGCUGAUAGCCUCGAAAUAUGAGGAGAUUUGGGCGCCUGAGGUGAAUGAGCUGGUCAUCAUGUCAGACAGAACUUACUCCUGUGCAGACAUCUUGGUCAUGGAGAAGAAGAUCCUAGGACAGCUGGAAUGGAGCUUGACAGUUCCCACUCCAUACGUGUUCCUUGCCCGGUUCAUCAAAGCAUCCAUGACCGAUGCCAAAGUGGAGAACAUGGUGUAUCUGUUGGGUGAGCUUGCAAUGAUGAACUACAGCACAGCAAUAAGGUACAGCCCCUCGUUGAUUGCUGCCUCAGCAGUCUACGCAGCGCGCUGCACCUUGAGCAUUGCACCAGCUUGGAACGAGACACUUAGGCAGCACACCGGCUUCUUGGAAGAGCAGCUCAUGGAAUGUGCUAAGAUGCUGGCAACGUUUCAUUCGAUGUUGUUGGACGGGAAUAUGCGUGGGAUCUACCGGAAAUACGAGGGCUCAGAUAGGGAAUUUGCUGCUCUCUUGCCACCAGCAAAUUCUCUUUUGUUCAUCUCAUUUUGUCACAGUUCUUCGAACUAACAAAAUUAUACCAUGAUUUGCCAUGUCCAACAAAUUAUGUAACUUCUCAUUUGAUGAGAUGACAAAUGUGAUCAUUUCAUAUUAUUCA